CCGCGCUGUGGGGACGUCACGGAGAUUGGUGCUGUCGUAAAGGGUCACGCCUGCAGAAGAGGAAAUGGCUCCUCCGGCUUCUUAAAGGGACCGCGGAGCCCCUAGGGGGAGGAGGCCUCGCCAUGCAGAGCUGCCCCCUGCUGGGCUCCCUGGGCCUCUGCCUGGAGCGUCGCCCGCCCCUCGUCUGUUUCUGCCUCUGCCUCUUCUCAUUGGCUGUCACCUUUGCCGCCUUUGCCGCCUACAUCCAAUCGCACGAGGUCAGGGACGCUGACAUCACCCAGGACUGGAACUCGCUCCUGGAGUCCCUGAGCCACCUGAGCUUCUGCACUGACAACGGGACGUGGGGGGGGCCAACAACUCCGGCCCCCACCCCCAGGGCUGCCCCCCCAGCCCUCUCGGUCUUGGUGGGCCUGACCUUCAACCUCCCCGGGGGGGGGCAACCCAACACCUCCCGCCUGGCCCUGACGGUCACCAGCCACCAGCUGGGACUUGGGGGCCCGGCGCCCCAGCAGCCUAUCCGCGUGGUGGUCGUCACCCCGUGGCCCCCCGGCCCCAGCCCCCAAGGCAGCUGCCUGAGCCUGGCAGGCCCCCCAUCCCUGCUGCCCCAGACCAGGGCGCCUCCCCGCUGCAUUAUGGGGGAUCUGGAUGCCCAGCCCCAGGAGGAGCCGGGGUCCUGCUACCAACCUCGCUACCAGCCCGACCCCACUCUGGCCACCAUGCUGAGCCUGGACGAUCGCCGCCUGUGCAGCCAGCGCCUCCUGCUGGCCGGCCUGACCGUGCUGUGCCUCUGCGCCCUGCUGCUGUGCAUGGCCGGCCUGUGCCUGCCGCCCCCCCACGACACCAGGGGGCGGCUCUAGGGGCUGGGAGCCAGCUGGGAC